UCUUACAUUCAUACUUGUCAUCGGCUCCACUACUUGCUCUUGGUUCGGAUUCCGUUCUCUGGCGGCCUCGUCGGAGCUUGAACUCUCUGCAGAAAUGGUUGCUUUCAGGUUUCACCAGUAUCAGGUGGUUGGCAGAGCCCUGCCGACAGAAACUGAUGAACAUCCUAAGAUCUACAGGAUGAAACUAUGGGCGACAAACGAGGUUCGUGCCAAGUCUAAGUUUUGGUAUUUCCUUAGAAAACUGAAGAAAGUUAAGAAAAGCAAUGGACAGAUGCUUGCCAUCAACGAGAUUUUCGAGAAGAACCCUACAAAAAUCAGGAACUACGGGAUCUGGCUGCGUUACCAGAGCCGAACAGGGUAUCACAACAUGUACAAGGAGUACCGUGAUACCACGCUUAACGGGUCGGUGGAGCAGAUGUACACCGAGAUGGCUUCUCGCCACCGAGUGAGAUUCCCCUGUGUUCAGAUCAUCAAGACGGCAACUGUCCCGGCCAAGCUCUGCAAGCGGGAGAGUACAAAGCAGUUUCAUAAUUCCAAAAUCAAGUUCCCUCUUGUUUACAGGAAGGUCAGGCCACCCACUAGGAAGCUCAAGACGACGUUCAAGGCGUCAAAGCCUAACCUCUUCAUGUAGAACCUUGUUCUCCGAUUAGGGUUCUUGUUCUUACACUGAAAACUACACGUUCUUGUUCUGUUCAAGUUGGUAAAAAGAUUUCUCCUCUUUUCUUAAAUACGAGAUCUAAGUCUCCCCCCUUUUCGCAA